UGUGGGAUGGAAGUUGAGCGAGCAGAUCCGGAGCCGGAGAAUAACUCCGAUCCGCUUCUUGGUCACUCUCCUUGCUGUUCUUGCCUCUCCGGCGAUUUUCAAAGCAACCAUGGCCAGGAGCCACGGUGGUGGGUACGGGCGAUUCUGAAGAUCAGAGAGUGGUCGGAGAUCGUAGCUGGUCCACGGUGGAAGACUUUUAUCCGUCGAAUCAACGGCCAUCGACGCCGACGCCGUGUUUGGCACGAUAGCGCCAAGUACGAUCCUUUGAGUUACAAGUUGAAUUUCGAGGAUGAAGAAGAAGAAGACGACAAAGCUGGAUUCAGGAGCUUCUCGAUGCGAUACGCUUCUGUCCCCGUUGUUUCCGGUAAAGCUCCAGCCUUGAAAUGAUGUCUCAGGAUAAGCGUUCUGCGUUUGGACUUGUGGCGGUGACGGCGUUUGAAAAGGUCUCUCGCGUCAUGAGUUUUUGCGUUUCCUUUGUUUAUUUGUUGUAUACGUCAAGUUUGGUUUGAAAGUUACUCUGAUCACGUGAAUAGUAUAACGAGGGUCUUAAUAUUUUUGAUUGUAUAAUUUUACUGU